CCAUUUAAAUAUGGCAGUUUCCAUAGAGUUUAUUAGAAAUAAACAAAAGCAUUUUUGUAAGUACCCGGUAUAAAAAUUGGGCUAAUAUUAAUUUAAAAAAAAAAAAAUCUUUGCAAUGCCUAGUGGUAACAAAUAUUCAUAGAAAUGAAAGUUUUAUGGAAAUAGAUAUACUAAGCCUAAUGUAAGACCCUAUGAGGAUAUUUUAAAUCUAAAUAAUCAAAACAAUGAAAUGAAUCUGAUUCCAUGCCAUGCCCUUCAUAUCUACAAAAUUUGAUUGAUUUUUUUUUUAAUUGAUCAUCUUGAUUGCCUUACCUUGAACAUGAAGAUGAAAUACACAUGUCUGAAAUACCCAAGUCAAGCCAAGUGAAAUGACCUUGACACACCCAAUGUCACGCCCACCAAGUACAGGUCAGAAAUUAAAUUGAAAUCAUUUCUAUGAUUUAUACUAUGAUACUAUGGGCAUGGGUGGGUGGCUAUACUAUGGAAUAAAUAAAUGAUUAUGAUUAAAAGAUUCUCAUUCAGAUUAAGUAAUUAGUAGACACAAUUUGUGUAAAUAAAACAAUAUUUGAAUUAUUUGCUCAGCUUUACUGAUGAUUUUACAAAUACACAUAUUAUAAUAAAAUUUGACAAAUGACUUCAUCUGUAAAAAAAAAACAAAACAUUUAAAUAAAUUUAAAUUAAAUUUACAUAAUAUUUAUUUACAUGUAUCCUACCUAAAAAAGGAGUGAGAGUGGGAGCAAACCCGGACUAAAACAAAGUUAAGUUAAGAAGAACAGAAAGGAAGUGAUUGGAAGUAAAAUUUAAAAAACAAACCCCUUUGGCUGGAACUUGGAACACAUUAUAGUUAUAGAAAAUGAAAAAAAUUACACUUUUUUUACAUGGACAUGGCUCCGUUCUUUGUCUGGCCUGGGUAUAUGCCUGUUGUGCUAAACACAGCGUUUCUGAGUCAGGGUCCGGGUCAGCUCUAUGUUAAAUAAGUGGCGGUCACAAAAUAGUCCCAUAUAAAAUUGGUCAGUCCAGCACCCCUAUAUUUAUAAGCCCUUUACUCAGUUCUAAUAAAUCAUCUGCUCCAUCCAUGGUCCAGUAAAUUGUAUCACCUUAGCCAUAUAAAUGAAGUAAUUUCUUGAUUUUGAUGUGUGGUUUAUUUCUAGAGCAAAUCAGAGACAUACAAAGGCGACAUCCCAAGCUACAUCAGCCAUGUCAACUCUGAAGCCCAGCUUAAAGAUGGGAAAGAAUCUGGGGACGACAGGGGUCAGUGGGGCAGUAAGGCAGAGUUUAUUCUGUCAUGUAUCGGACUCUCUGUGGGUCUGGGCAAUGUCUGGAGAUUCCCAUAUUUGGCUUACAAAAACGGUGGAGGUAUGUGGAGGAAAUGUCAUCAUGAUUCACAUCACCAUCAUGUUGUCUUUUUAAAUUUUUUUUUUUAUUUUGGGGGGGGGGGGGGGGGGGGUUUGUUAGAAUAUUUACAACUUUUGAAUUCCAGGUAACCAUUUUACAUUUAGUUUACACUGCAGCAAAUAUAUUAUUUGUAUAAAACUGAAGAAACAUUUUAAUUAUUUGGGAGAACAAGUCAUCUUAAUACUAUAAAUUAUAAAGUAUGUCCAAUGUCCAAAUAAAUUAAUUUUUUUAUUCAUUUUCACAUUUGUGUUCGACUUUGGUUUAUCUGUUAAGAGAGACUUUGGGGGAAAAAACAUUAAGCAAACUAAAAAAAAAUAAAAGAUUGUAGUAUUGGGUUGUUACGCACUUCUACAUCUAACUAAAGACAGUAUAGUUAGUAUUUAUUUUUAUACAAUCAAAUUUUCGGGACAUAAACUUUUUUGCUCGUGCAACUGAUUUUUUUUUUUCUUUAAAUAUAAAAUUGUUUGAUCCAUUUUAAAAUGACCAACGAGAAUAAAUGUCACAAAAUUUGACAGGUGUCAGGCAUUAAAAGAAUUAACGAUCUUAUUAGAGUAAACAAAUAAGUUAUGCAGAGUUGUUAGACUAAGCCUUAUAUGACCAGCGCUUAGCAGCACAACUCUUAUGCGUGAUUUGUAAUGUUGAUGUUUUGUUAAGUUUUUUAAUGAGUCCAGCGACACAUUGUUCACGAUGCAGGCACAACCUCCCUGGUGUAAAUUGUGGUCAUUGUCUUUCUCCCAGGCGUGGGCAGCUGCCGCCGGGCAGAUGUUCUUCUCCCUGAGCGUGUCAUUUGGUGGCAUCAUCAUGUUUGGCAGUUACAACAAGUUCAACAACAAGGUCUAUGGGUAA